AUGGAGACGAUAUGGCUUUAUCAGUUCCGUCUGAUUGUCAUCGGUGACUCCACAGUUGGCAAGUCGUGUCUGAUCCGGAGGUUCACCGAGGGCCGAUUUGCUCAGGUGUCAGACCCAACCGUGGGGGUGGACUUCUUCUCUCGCCUGGUGGAGAUCGAACCGGGCAAAAGAAUCAAACUGCAGAUCUGGGAUACUGCAGGACAAGAGAGGUUUAGGUCCAUCACUAGAGCUUACUACCGCAACUCAGUGGGUGGGCUUUUACUCUUCGACAUCACAAACCGCCGCUCCUUUCAGAACGUCCAUAACUGGCUGGAGGAGGCACAGAGCCACGUGCAGCCGCACAGCAUUGUCUUCCUGCUGGUUGGUCACAAGUGUGACCUGGAGGCCCAGCGACAGGUGACACAACAGGAGGCAGAGAAGCUGGCAGGGGCCUAUGGAAUGCGCUAUGUGGAGACGUCAGCACGAGAAUCCAUCAAUGUAGAGAAGGCCUUUGAGGAUCUGACGAAAGACAUCUUUGAGCUAGUUCGGACAGGAGACAUCAAGAUCCAGGAUGGCUGGGAGGGCGUGAAGAGUGGAUUUGUUCCAAACACUGUCCAUUCCUCGGAGGAGGUCACCAAGGGCAGCCGGCAAUGCUACUGCUGAUUUAUCUGUGUGCAGCAUGUGGGGAUGACAGGUAGAAAUACUUCAGAGGACUCCAUCUGUAGGAGAUCUCUUUUUCGCCUUGGCUGCACUCGGGCCACUUUUUUGGGACUUAUUAUAUUUUCCGUGCACAGUUACACACUUCUAUAUAGGAUGUGGAGAUCCUGUUUAUGGCUCUUCGUCGAUCUUCCUUACGGGCAUAGAAGCACAAGAAGCAUCCUAACCCCAUCACUGUUCUGUGUGCAUUUGUGUGUGACUAAUAAUCCUUAGCUUUACCACUUUAGCUUUACUGCACUUUUUGGCUUCUCCUUAUGUGUAAAGUUAUACGCCAUUGGCCAGUUAUGUUGCCACACAUCUCUUGACAACUGCUACUAUCAGUUCAGUGUGUUAAUGCUCUCAUAUUAAUUUAAAUUUGAAUCAGUGAAGCCAAGA